ACGACACUUAGCAGCUGAGCUGGUGAGCUGUUUUUAUGCUCUUCUUAGCAGGUCGGCGUUGUAUUAUGAGUCUAUUUUGCUGAUAAUUAGGUAUCAGUAGCCACUCAUAUAGAAUGGAUUGUGUCUGCAAUAUAAUGUGUAGGGGUGCCCGUUCAGUAGCAAAGAACUUCGCAAAAUCAAAGCUAUCAAUCAACCCUCGACUACUGGCUAAAGCGGACAUCCAUCUGAUCGUCCAGUCCCCCAGCACUGAGGCCGCCUAUAGAACACAGAUAGAGAGUAUCAUCCGACUCUCCAGGGAGUAUGACAAAAAUGACGUCACCAUGAUGGUGAUCAUUGUGGGAGCAGUAGAGCACAGGUGUGUGGAUUCCAGCAAGUUCCAGACUCAGGCGAUGUUCGAGCAGGCACUGACCACCACUGUCUAUCUGGGCCACUGCACGCAAGUGUCGGUAGCCUUGAAAGUGGCCAGAGAAAACUACAUGAGCUCCUAUGAUGGCCGCCCAGGGGUGAAGAAGUUGGCCAUGAUUCUGAACGUGGCCAGCGACUGUGGGGAAGAAACCUCGGCUGUUGAUGAAGCGAACAAGAUCAAGCUGAUGGUGUCUGUGGUUGUUGUCGUCUCAGUUGGUGCCGGUAAUCGGACAUUCCUUGACCGUCUGACGUCAAAAUCUGACAACGUCUUGACCUUCUCUAGUGACCUUGAGCUGAUUGAUAAUGGCACUCAACAAAUCAAAGAGAUGACGUGCCGCAUUGCUCCAAAGCACAACAUAUGCGCUGAUAUUGGUUUGAUGAUCGAUGCCUCGGAAAGUAUCGGACAUGACGACUUUACCAAGCUGCUGAUCUUCAUCGUGGGGCUGACUGAGUAUUUCAACAUCGGUGCGGACAGCGUGCAGUUCGCUGCCAUGCUGUUCGGCAGCUCAGUGCAAACGCUGUUCAACCUUCAGGUAGCAUCACACGCCACAAUCAGACAGAAACUUCUGGAGGCUCCAUACCUAGCAGGAAGUACCAACACAGCUGCAGCUCUUGUAGAGGUCAGGACACGAGUCUUCAGCGUCUCAACAAGACCCAGCUGCCAGAAGAUCGUCAUCGUCAUCACAGACGGUGGGUCAGACAGGAGGGAGGACACAGAGCAGGCGGCUGAGGCAUUGAAAGACUCAGGUGUACGGGUGAUCGCUAUAGGGGUGGGUAGGGCCAACGUGGAGGAGCUGAACGUCAUAGCAUCCACACCUGGUGACGUCUUCUAUGUGGACACGUUUGACGUCCUGCAGACCAUCUUUGAAAAGAUAGUGGAGCUGACGUCAAAGCCUACUGUGACGACUUUGUCAGUCAAUCCCAAACUCAAGUCGAAAGCGGACAUCCAUCUGAUCGUCCAGUCCCCCAGCACUGAGGCCGCCUUCAGAUCAAAGAUGGAGUUUGUCGUCAAACUCUGCAGGGAAUAUGACAGAAAUGACGUCAGUUUGGGGGUGAUUGUUGUGGGAAAAGUAAAGCACAGUUACGUAGAUUCCAGUAACUUUCAGGAGCAGACGAUGUUUGAGCAGGCCCUAAUCAACACAGCCUACUUAGGCCACUGCAAAGGAGCCUCAAAGGCAUUAAAGAUGGCCAGAAAAAACUACAUAAGAUCCUAUGGUGGCCGCCCAGGGGUGAAGAAGUUGGCCAUGAUUCUGAACGUGGCCAGCGACUGUGGGGACGAAACCUCGGCUGUUGAUGAAGCGAACAAGAUCAAGCUGAUGGUGUCUGAGGUUGUUGUCGUCUCAGUUGGUGCCGGUAAUCGGACAUUCCUUGACCGUCUGACGUCAAAAUCUGACAACGUCUUGACCUUCUCUAGUGACCUUGAGCUGAUUGAUGGAGCCAUCGGACAAAUUAAAAUCAUCACGGCUAGUGUUGCUCCCAAGUACGCUCCGGUUGCUGAUAUUCUUUUCGUCAUCGAUUCUUCUGGAAGUAUCGGCGACGUCAAUUACGCGAAAGUGCUGAACUUUAUUGUGGUGCUGACGGAAUAUUUCAACAUUGGGCUCACGGCUGUUCUCUUCAGUGCCAUGCUGUUCUCAGACUCGACACAGAUGUUGUUUACUCUGGAUACACAGACACACGCCAGCAUUAAACAGACUGUUCUCGCGGCGCCCUAUCUGUCCGGUGGCACUAACACGGCCGUUGCUCUCCGAGAAGCCGGACAAGCCUUGACCAUUGGCGCCAGAAACACCAAAAAGAUCGUCAUCGUCAUCACAGACGGUCAGUCGAACGUGCCGGCUGAGACGUCGACAGCGGCCGUGACCUUGAGGAACUCCGGAGUGCGUGUGAUCGCUAUAGGGGUGGGCAGCGCUAACCAGGAGGAGCUGAAGGUCAUUGCAUCCGCCCCUGAUGACGUGUACUAUGUGGACACAUUUGACGUCUUGCAGACCAUCUAUGACAAGAUCGCCGAGAUGACGUCAUCUUGAG